UUCAUUUUGCCUUUAUUUUCUCAUCACUGAUUCAUUUUUCUCUCUGCCAUUGUUGUCGUCGAACAUGGCUGACGACGACAAAGGGCCGGAGUUUGGAUAUUAAUUGUAUGAAUAACUUUAGCCGCGACAAAGGAAAUUCCAAAAAAAGGAAAGAAGGAACAAACAUUAACAGGUUCUUCAUUGUUUUCUUUUUUUGUCCUUCCUUGUUGUGUAAUCAUGAGUACUUUGGCACCAUUCCAGCUAUUGGAACUCAAUGUCAUCUCUGCCCAAGAUUUGAAACCGGUAUGUCGUCGUAAAAUGCGAACCUACGCGGUGGCUUGGGUGCAUUCGGAGCGAAAACUUUCAACCCGAAUUGACACCCAAGGCCACACCAACCCCACAUGGAACGAUAAGUUCGUUUUCCGCGUCGAUGAUGAGUUCCUCUAUAGCGAUACGUCUACUUUAAUGAUCGAAAUCUAUGCGGUGCAUUGGUUCCGUGACAUCCAUGUAGGGACCGUUCGGGUUCUUGUUCAGAACCUUAUCCCACCGGUUUCUCAAACGCGCAACCGCCAAGAGCUCCAACUGGGGAUGAGAUUCGUGGCGUUUCAGGUUUGGAGACCGUCGGGUCGGCCUCAAGGGAUUUUGAACAUUGGGGCGGCAUUGCUCGAUAGCUCAAUGAGGAGCAUGCCUUUGUAUUUUCAAAUGGGAUCGUCGGCGGUCGGGUAUCGACAUUUGAUGGGCGAGGAAGAUGCGUUUCAAAGCUCGAAUGUCAAGCCUCUUUCGAGCACAAAAAGCCAUACCAAUAACCAUCAGUUUUUGGUUAAUGGGUUGAUCAAACCCGAGCUUCGACGAACUAAGAGUGAUUCAAGUUCGCUUUUCGAGCCAGAAUUAAGGCCCAGAAGAUCGAUGAAAGGAUCAUCGGUUGUCAAUGGUGGGUCAGUUGUUAACGGAUCGGAGAUUGGCAAAAACAACUACAAGGUUAAUUCUAGGGGAAGUUCGAUGGUCAAUUAUGUGUUCGACAAAAGUACUGACAGAAAGAGAAAACCAAGUCCUACAAAGGGCAUCAAUGGCCCAAAGUUGAUAUCACCACCAGGGAAGUCACCAAGUGGGUUAACGGGUGGGCGGAAAAUUUGGACCGAUUCGGAAUUGGGUCCAUCGCCAUCAGAAGUGGCGGCUGCGGUGCUGAGGAACAAGAACCGUAAAAUGGAAGAGAUGGAGAGUUCGGUGGGCGAAGGAUGGAGUUUAGAUGGAAGCAUGGAAGGGCUCGAUUCGAAACUCGAACGGUGGAGAACCGAACUCCCACCGGUUUAUGACUCAAGUAAUGAAUUUUCGAGCUUCCUUUCUAGUCAGACUCCGACAACGGCAACCAAAAAGUCGAGACAUUCAAGAAGACGUGCUCACAAAAAAGGGCUGUUUUCAUGUUUCGGAAACAUUUGUGGUUGCGAAAUCUCGGUUACUUGCGGCUGAAGUUAUUGAAAGCGAGAGUAUUUUGCUUCGGUUGAUGAAUUCACGUCAUAUUUGAUUAAUAUGAUAAUAUUUAUAAUACUAAUGUUUGGGUAAAUUACAUGUAUAGUCAUCCAACUACGAGAGUGUUUCUAUUUUGGUCACCAACAUAAAUUAUUUUUUCAAUUUAGUCA